CAAACACUUGCUCUGCAUUUUCAAGGGGCAAACCAUACCUGCAAUUCACAUUCACUCUUCUCUUGUUAAACUCUCUCUUUCUCUCUCUUUCUCUCUCUUUAGUCUCUGUCUACCCCUACAUAGCUGAAUUAAAGAAACUGGAGACUAUGCAACAAGCUAUUCCAUACAGGACAUGGUUGCCGGUGUCGCCGUCCGGCAGCCCAAUUGGGCUGGGAGGAGGAGCGUCGAUUGUUAAUGGUGGACUAGAAAUUUCACCACCAAGAGGAGGUGGAGGAAUUGAUGUGAAUGGAUUGGUAUCAGGGAACGCGGUGAUAGUGUUUGGGAGGAGAGGUUGUUGUAUGUGUCAUGUGGUGAAGCGCCUGUUAGUUGGGUUAGGAGUAAACCCAGCUGUGUAUGAGGUGGAUGAGAAAGAUGAGUCUUGUGUUGUUGAUGAAUUGAACUCCAUAGCUGCUGCUGCUGCUGCUGAUGUGCCAGAGAAGCCACAGUUCCAGUUUCCUGCUGUGUUCAUUGGAGGGAAGCUUUUUGGAGGUUUGGAUCGCCUUAUGAAUGCUCAUAUAUCUGGAGAGCUCAUUCCCAUCUUGAAGAAGGCAGGAGCUUUGUGGCUUUGAAUAUUGAUUUUCACCCUUUUCUUUUCCCUUCUGCUUUCUCUUUUCUUCAAGGAAUUUUUGAGAGGCAAAUGCAGGAGUUUUGAUCCUUA